ACAUUGACAAAUUCUCACCAAUCAUGUAGACCCGAACAGCAAUUUGCGGAACUCGCCAAGAUCGAGGGCCAUGUAGAGGAGGCCACUAUCGCAAGCGUCUACGAUCAGCUGAAACCUGUCGCUCCAGAGCUGCUCGUUGGCCAGUGGGAAGGAGGCAGUUUCGAUACUGGACAUCCCACGCAUUUGCAGCUUCGCAACUUCAAAUGGGCGGGUAAAGACUUCCGGUCCGUCGAUGAUGUAGAUCCAAUCAUGCGAUACGAAGAAGAUGGCAAACGAACGUGGUUUUCUGACUACGGCCACGCGCGGGUUCGAGAGGUUAAGUUCAGGGGUGUUGUGACUGCGGCAAUGGUUUAUGACAAGUUCCCCAUCAUUGACGCAUUCCGUUAUGUGGAUGAAAACACUGUGAUCGGUGCUAUGGACAACAAGGAACUUCAGCACUCUGGGACAUACUACUUUUACCUGAGAAGAAGAACCCAGAGCAAGGCCUAG